UAUACUGUGCGAGGGUUUGGCGACAAUACAGACAGAUAUCCGCGAGGCGCGCCCUCUUCACUCACUUCCCAAUCCUUCCAUCCACCAACCACCGCCCAUCAUGGCUGCCCAUGGUCGCUUCACCGAGUCGGCCGCUAAGCAGCGGACCGUCAAGGAGGUCCAAUUUGGCGUCAUGAGCCCCGAUGAGAUCCGCAGCAUGUCGGUUCUCAAGAUCGAGUCGCCUGACAUCCGCGACGAGACGGGCAAGACAAUGGUGGGAGGCCUCUCAGACCCACGACUGGGUACGACAGACCGCAACUACAAGUGUCAGACUUGUGGCGAAUCGAUGAACGAUUGUCCCGGUCAUUUCGGCCACAUUGACUUGGCCAGACCAGUAUACCACAUCGGCUUCAUCAAGAAAGUCAAGAAGAUUCUUGAAUGCGUCUGCACCCACUGUGGCAAACUCAAGCUCGAUGAGACCGAUCCUGUCUUUGCCAGCGUCCUUCGGUCAACCCAGGGCAAGAGCGCGCAUGCACGGGCACGGCGCUUCCAGGGCGUGUGGCAGCUCUGUUCCAAGAAGCUUGUCUGCGAAGCCGAUCCCGUAAAGGACGAGGAUGACAUGGCGGGCCCUGAUCUCGAGCCUCCUGUCGGUCAUGGUGGAUGUGGCCACUCGCAGCCCGUGAUUCGGAGAGAGGGACUGAAAAUGUACGUGCAAUGGAAGAAGGGCAAGGACGAGGACGAGGAUGGAGAGGCAGGAAAGGCUGGUCAGCCAGAAAAGAAGGUGCUGCCGGCAUCGGAAGCGCUUCAGAUCCUCAAGAAGAUGAGCGAUGAGGACAUCGAAAUCAUGGGCCUCUCCAUCGACGAGGCCAGACCCGAGUGGAUGAUCAUCUCCGUCCUUCCUGUCGCACCACCGCCGGUCCGUCCAGGUGUUGCGGAGGGUGGCUCGGCUAAGGGCGAGGACGAUCUGACGUACAAGCUGUCCGACAUCAUCAAAGCCAGCAUCCAGCUGAAAAAAUUCGAACAAGAGGGUGCUCCCGCACACAUUGUGGGCGAAUUUGAAGACUUGCUGCAGUUCCACUGCGCCACCUACAUGGACAACGACAUUGCAGGUAUCCCUCAGGCUAUGCAAAAGUCAGGAAGGCCCGUCAAGUCGAUCCGAGCACGUCUCAAGGGUAAGGAGGGUCGCCUCCGUGGUAAUCUGAUGGGCAAGCGUGUCGACUUCUCGGCACGAACUGUCAUCACUGGUGACCCCAAUCUGGAGCUGGACCAAGUCGGAGUGCCAAAGAGCAUUGCGAGGAAUCUCACUUACCCGGAGAGAGUUACUCCAUACAACAUUUCCUACCUCCAGCAGCUUGUCCGCAACGGUCCAAAUGAGUGGCCAGGUGCACGCUACGUCAUUCGUGACACGGGUGAGCGAAUCGACCUCAAAUACAACCGGCGGGCAGACAUGGCGCUCCAGUUCGGCUGGACCGUUGAGCGGCAUCUCAAGGACGGCGACUUUGUCCUGUUCAACCGACAGCCGAGUCUGCACAAGAUGUCCAUGAUGUGCCACCGCGUCAAGCUCAUGGACUUCUCUACCUUUCGUCUCAAUCUCUCGGUCACUCCGCCGUACAAUGCCGACUUCGACGGUGACGAAAUGAACUUGCACGUCCCCCAGAGUGAGGAGUCGCGCGCCGAGCUGAGCCAGAUCGCCUGGGUACCUCGGCAGAUCGUCUCACCUCAGGCCAACAAGCCUGUGAUGGGCAUCGUUCAGGACACCCUGUGCGGUAUUAGGAAGUUCACGCUCCGCGACUGCCUCAUGGACUACGAUCAAGUCCAGAACCUCCUCCUUUGGGUGCCGGAUUGGAACGGUGUGGUGCCCAUGCCGUGCGUCAUCAAGCCCAAGCCAUACUGGUCUGGCAAGCAAAUUUUGUCGAUGUGCAUCCCCAAGGGCAUUAAUGUCUUCUUGGGCGACAGCCUCAAGGCCUCCAAAAACAACGUCACCGACGAUGGUGUGUGCAUCGAAAACGGCGAGAUCUUCUAUGGUGUCAUCAACAAGAAGGUUGUCGGCUCUGCUGCUGGUGGCCUUAUCCAUAUCAUCUUCCGAGAGCGAGGACCAGAGAUCUGUCGAGACUUCUUCGGCGGUGCCCAGCGUGUCGUCAACUACUGGCUGCUGAACAAUGGCUUCAGCAUCGGCAUUGGUGACACGGUGGCGGACAAGGCUACCGCCACUUUCAUCACCGAAGAGAUCAUUCGAGCCAAGGGUCAGGUGGACAAGUACAUUCAGGACGCGAGACAUGAUCGCAUGAAGCCAGAGGCAGGCAUGACGCUGAGAGAGUCAUUCGAGGCAAAGGUCAACCGAGAGCUCAAUCAGGCCCGAGACACGGUGGGCUCGCGUGCCGAGAAAGAUCUGCCUAAUUGGAACAACGUCAAGCAGAUGGUCAUUGCCGGUUCGAAAGGUUCCUUCAUCAACAUCUCCCAGAUGUCAGCCUGUGUCGGACAGCAGUCGGUCGAGGGCAAGCGCAUUCCCUUUGGCUUCCGUCACCGUACUCUGCCCCACUUCACAAAGGACGACUUUAGCCCAGAGUCGCGCGGCUUCGUUGAGAACUCGUAUCUUCGAGGCCUUACCCCCCAGGAAUUCUUCUUCCACGCGAUGGCCGGUCGAGAAGGUCUCAUCGACACGGCCGUCAAGACGGCCGAGACGGGAUACAUCCAGAGGAGGCUCGUCAAAGCCCUGGAAGACGUAAUGGUGUGCUACGACGGAACGGUGCGCAACUCGACCAAUGCCGUCAUCCAAUUUGCCUAUGGCGAGGAUGGCAUGGACGGUUCCAUGAUCGAGAAGCAGCACCUCCUCACGCACACCCUCAACGAUGCAGACUUCCAGCGCCGCUUCCGUGUCGACCUCAAUGAGGCUGGCUUUAGGAAGGGUACGCUGCAGGCUGGACUGGAUGACUGGUCGCAGGAGCUUCAGGAUCUCCUCGAUGAGGAGUUUGCUCAGCUCGAGUGGGACAGGAGAAUGCUUCGCACUGAGGCAGCCAGGGACCACCGAGGCGAGGCGUACUUGCCGAUGAACGUUUCGAGACUGUGUCUCAACGCUAGGCAGGAAUUUAAUAUCGACCCACGCAAGCCGUCGGAUCUGUCGCCGCGCGACAUCAUCCUUGGCGUCCGCGAGUUGCUGGAAAAGCUCAUCGUUGUUCGUGGACGGGACCAGAUCAGUCAAGCAGCACAGGAGAAUGCGACGCUCCUGUUCAAGAUCCAUAUUCGUGCCUACCUUUCGACGAGAAACGUCAUCGAGUUCCUUCGCCUGAACCGCGAAGCCUUCUCCUGGGUACUGGGCGAGAUUGAGCAGCAAUUUGCACGAUCGGUGGCCAACCCGGGUGAGAUGUGCGGAACACUGGCGGCGCAGAGCAUUGGUGAGCCGGCGACGCAAAUGACCCUCAACACGUUCCACUACGCCGGUGUGUCGAGCAAGAAUGUGACGUUGGGUGUGCCUCGUCUCAAGGAGAUCAUCAAUUGCGCCGAGAACAUCAAAACACCCUCGCUCAGCGUCUACCUCACGGAAGAGUACAGCCAAUCGGAGGAGACGGCCAAGAUCAUUCAAACGGCCCUGACCCACACGACGUUGCAGACCGUGACGAGCGCGGUGGAGAUUCACUUCGACCCUGACCCCACCUCAACAGAUAUCGAGGAGGACAAGGAUUUCGUCGAGGCCUUCUUCGCCAUUCCAGAUGAGGAUGUCGAGCGGACUCUGGACCGCCAGUCCGCUUGGCUCCUGCGCUUGGUCUUGGAUCGCGCUCAGAUGCUUGACAAAAACCUGACCAUGGCCGAGGUGGCUGCCAAGAUUUCGCAGACGUUUAGCGAUGAUGUUUUCGUCAUGCAUUCAGAAGACAAUGCUGAACAACUUGUCCUGCGAAUCCGUGUCAUCGACAAUGAUGUCGACAAGGCCGCGGGUCAGGACGGCGACGAGAAUGACUUCCUCAAGGUCUUGGCCGCAGACAUGCUCACGGCGAUCGACCUCAAGGGUGUCAAGGGUAUCCGCAAGGUCUUCAUUGUCCACCAGGACAAGGUGCACCAGCGUGUUGAUCCCGUCACUGGUGGCUGGGACAAGGUGCGCGAGUGGAUCCUUGAAACAGAUGGCAGCAACCUCCGAGAGGUUUUGGCCGUCGAUGGCGUUGACACGGUUCGCACCAGUUCCAACAACUGUGUUGAGAUUCUGCAAGUGUUUGGCAUCGAAGCGGCGCGCAACUCUGUCCUGCGCGAGUCGAAGAACGUCAUCGAAUUUGACGGUUCCUACGUCAACUACCGCCACCUGGCGCUGCUUUGCGACCUUAUGACGACGCAGGGCCACCUCAUGGCAAUUACGAGGCACGGCAUCAACAGGACAAAUCAAGGAGCGCUCAUGCGGUGUACCUUCGAGGAGACCGUCGAGAUUCUCAUGGAGGCGGCCGCCAUGGGCAACGUCGACGAUUGCCACGGCGUGGCCGAAAAUGUCAUUCUUGGCCAGAUGGCGCCCAUGGGUACGGGCUCCUUCAACGUGCAGCUCGACGUCGAGAUGCUCAAGGAUGUCAUCGUCGACUACCGAAUGCCCGUGCAGGCUGCCAUGCAGGCUCAGUUGGACCCCAUGGGCAGCAAGACGCCGAUGGGCAUGAUGACGCCUUACGAUGGAGCCAGCCCGGCUACAAACUACGACUAUCAGGUGCAGGAUGCAGCAGCGUUCAGUCCUCUUGCGCAGGCCAACUACGAGUUCAACGACUACCUUGCUCCUGGCCAGACGCCCAUGCGAACGCCGCUGGGAGGCGCUUCUCCUGGAAUGGGCUACUCGCCUGUGUCGCCCAUGGGCGGCUACAGUCCUGCCUCUCCAGCCUACAUGGCGUCACCGGCGGCUGUCAGUCCAUUUGUUCGGUCUGGCAAUGCGUACAGCCCGACGUCACCCAACAUCGGGUUCGGCCCCACCUCGCCGUCGUACAGCCCGACGUCGCCCUCCUACUCGCCUGCAUCGCCCACUUUCCAGGGUACGUCGCCGAAGUACUCGCCCGCGAGCCCGGCUUUCAGCCCCUCGAGCCCUGCGUAUGGUGCACCGACGAGCCCGCAAUGGUCUCCUACAAGUCCCCGUGGCAACGCUGUGUCGCCGGCAUACACGCCGACGAGCCCCAAGUUUAGCCCGGAGUCGCCGCGUUGGAGCCCGACUUCACCGGCCAUGGGUCAACAGACUAGCCCCAAGUACAGUCCCACGUCCCCUCAGUACAGCCCCAGCUCUCCGAAGUGGUCGCCGGCCAGCCCGGCGUUCCAGGCCACCUCUCCUCAGUACUCGCCAGCUUCGCCUCAGUACAGCCCCAGCUCGCCCAAAUUCAGUCCUGUGUCGCCGGGCGCAGCGAGUCCCAACACGGCUGCCGGUGGGGCUGCUUCGCCGAGAAGGAGUCGCUUCACGCAGAGCUCGAUGUGGGCCAACAAACGUUGAACGCUCAAGUGCUUCUCUCUUUCUUUCUCUUGCGCCAUCUUCUCACUUCUUACCCAGAUUACGACCGUACGAUUCACCAACAAAAAAAGGAAGGCGCAGUUGCUUUCGCUCCUCUCAUCAUUCUAGAUACAGACAUACACAGCUCAUCAUCAUCACAAUCAUCAUCAC